AGCUGUCCACGAGAUCCGACCGCACUGCCUCCGAAUCGCCUCUCCGCCAUGUUCCGCGCGCUGAGCUUUGCCAUGCCUCUGCUGGCAGCGGGAGAGGGGGCACUGCGGGGCGCCCGGGCCGACGUGGCGUGCAGUGGCUCCGGCGCGCUGCCCCCGGCGCCGGCUUGCUACGGGGGCUCGCUGCUGGUCCAGACCUUCAACAUCAACGUGGUCUCGGUGGAUGGCAACGUGGGGGUCGUGGACAUGAAGGCCGACGGUGUCCACCCGGGGCAGUGCAACGGCGCGCAGUUCCAGAACAACGAGGGAGCCAUCACCCUCGAGAGCGACAACAGCUGCGGCUUGUCGGAUCUUCCUGGCUACGAGUACAACGUACAGUACUGCUCUGAUCAGGACCACCUCAUCGUGAACCUCGUGAAGCCUAUCAACGUCCGGGUGGUGCUGAACAGCCAGACCUGCGCUCCGGCGGGCGAGGUGUGAGGAGGCGCCACGAGGUUUUGCUAAUGGCACUGGCCGGCUUGCUGCUGGUCCCUGAGCUGCGUUUUCCGCGUGGACCAUUUCAGGGUAAAAGCCUUUUGACCGCUGGUGCA